UUUCUGAUAUAUCAGAGAUAGAUUAGGUUCUGAAUUUGAUUAAACCCAAUUCCCACCUCUUUCUUUUUCAUGUCUCCAUAGAUUGUAGAUGCAACACUAGAAACAUGAAAGGGAGAGAAUUGCCAAGUUCUGAAGUUUGAAGUUUUUUGUUUGUUCAAAAAAUGGAACCAAGAAUUCAGUUGCUUUUUCUGGUUGUUUUUAUCCAAGCUUACAUCAUAGCAGCAGUUACUGAUAAUCACGAUGUUAUUGCUUUAAAUUCUGUCAAGAAUAUCUGGAGGAACUUACCCCCCAAUUGGGUGGGCUCAGAUCCCUGUGGUGAUGGCUGGGUAGGAAUCCAGUGCAUGAAUUCACGAGUCAGCUCGAUAAUGUUGGGAAGCAUGGGCUUGGAAGGGCAGCUGUCUGAUGACAUUUCAUCCUUAACUGAAUUACAGAUUUUGGAUCUAUCUCAGAACCAAGGCCUGACAGGACCUCUUCCAGCAUCAAUUGGGAAUUUAACGAAGCUAACAAAAUUAUUCCUUAAUCAUUGUGGUUUCACUGGUCCAAUUCCUGACACAAUAGGAUCUCUACAACAGCUGGCCUCUUUAUCUCUGAAUUCCAAUAAAUUCAGUGGACAAAUUCCACCAUCUAUUGGUCAUUUAUUGAUGCUAAAUUGGCUGGAUCUGUCUGACAACCAGCUAGAGGGAUCAAUUCCAGUGUCAGAUGGAACUACAUCUGGCCUUGACAUGUUGGUCAAAACACAACACUUUCAUUUGGGAAAGAAUAAACUUUCAGGCGAAAUCCCAAAGCAAAUUUUCAGCUCAAACAUGACUCUGAUACAUGUGGUAUUGGACAGCAACAAACUCAUUGGCCCUAUCCCUUCAACCCUUGGACUUGUGCAAUCUUUGCUGGUGGUACGUUUUGAUAACAAUUACUUAAGUGGGAGUGUUCCAUCAAACCUCAACAAUCUCAAAAAUCUUACUGAUCUUUAUUUGUCUAACAAUAAACUGAGCGGCACUUUACCCCCCCUUCUUGGCAUGAGCAGUCUCAAAACCUUGGACUUGAGUAAUAAUAGCUUCAAUACCUCUGUGAUUCCUACAUGGGUUUCAUCUGUGUCAUCCUUAACAACGUUGAGGAUGGAAGGGACUCAACUUCAAGGUCAAUUUUCCAGUGACCUCUUCAGCCUUCCAAAUUUGCAGACUGUAGGACUAAAAGACAACUCGUUAAGUGGCACCUUGUAUAUAGGCACGAAAUUUAGCAACCAGCUGAGGCUCAUAGAUUUGCAGAAUAAUGACAUUACUGAUUUCAAUGAAACAGGAGAACACAACAUUGAGAUAAAACUUGCUGGUAACCCCAUUUGUCAAGAGACAGGAAGAACAGAAAAUUACUGUGUACCACCACCACAAUCAAAUUCCACAUCCUUUUUUAGACACUGGUAUGUCAGGAAAAAUAGCGGCAGCAUUCCUCAGUUAAGAGGUGCAAAAUGUUUCUCAUUUGAGGAGCUUAAGAAAUAUACAAAUAACUUUUCAGAGGCCAACAAUAUUGGAUACGGGGGUUAUGGAAAGGUUUAUAGGGGAACUCUUCCCAGUGGAGAGUUGAUUGCAAUCAAACGAGCCCAGCAAGGAUCAAUGCAGGGUGCGCUGGAAUUCAAAACAGAGAUUGAACUUCUGUCUAGAGUCCAUCAUAAAAAUGUUGUUAGUCUAUUAGGAUUUUGUUUUGAGAGACAUGAACAAAUGCUAACAUAUGAAUUUGUUCCAAACGGCACUUUGCAUGAAGCUCUAUCAGGAAAGUCAGGAAUCAGACUGGAUUGGACCAGGCGACUCAAGAUAGCCCUUGGUGCAGCUAGAGGCUUGGCAUAUCUGCAUGAACUUGCCAAUCCUCCUAUCAUACAUAGGGACAUUAAGUCGGCUAACAUAUUAUUGGAUCAGCACCUCACUGCUAAAGUUGCCGAUUUUGGUCUUUCCAAGCCUAUAAGUGACAGGGAAAAAGGUCAUGUUACCACUCAAGUCAAAGGUACAAUGGGUUACAUGGAUCCUGAAUAUUUUAUGACCCAGCAGCUAACUGAGAAGAGUGAUGUUUAUAGUUUUGGGGUGCUUUUGUUGGAGCUGAUAACUGCAAGAAAACCAAUAGAGCGAGGGAAGUAUAUUGUAAGAGAGGUGAGGAUGGCAACAGAUAAGGCAAAAGAUUUGCAUGGUCUACAUCAGAUUCUUGACCCAGCCAUUCUGGAUACAAGCUUGAAAGGUUUAGAAAAGUUUGUGGCCCUAGCAAUGCGCUGUGUGGAAGAAUCAGGAGCUGACAGGCCUAAAAUGAGUGAAGUGGUAAAAGAGAUCGAAAGCAUCACGCUGAUUGCUGGGAUGAAUCCCAACGUUGAGACACCCACAAGUUCAUCAAGUUAUGAGGAGGCAUCCAAGGGAAGUCCCUUCCAUCCAUUCAGCAAUGAGUCCUUUGCUAAUGGUAGUACAUUUCCAGCUUCAAUUUAAGGUUUCAACAGAUAUUGAGUUUGAUUUUAGGUUUUUUUUUUUUUUUUUAAGCAUUGAACAGCUUUUUUGUCUAGUAUUUAGUUUGACAGGAGGAUGUAUAUAUAUGUGUGUGAAAAUUAAGACACCCUGGUACU